AUUCUCUUGUCGACGACUCCUUCAGUUUGUUUCGAACCGGGGCGAUGACGACUAGCUAGCUAGCGUUUAGCCACCCAAUGUUUUCACAAUGCGGAUCUAGCUUGAACAACAGCUGUUUUUUGAGCGUUUCUACGGCUAGUUACCAAUCAUCCGAUUAGUAUUCACAUCUAUAAGGGGGGAGAGAAAAAAAACGUGGCCCACAUAUAAUAAACCGUAACGUAAUAGACGCUUAAUUGCGAUUUAUUAUGGAGGAGAAGAAGAAGGAGGAGGAGGGCGAAGCGGAGAUCCAGGAGCACGGUCCCGAACAUUGGUUCUCCAAAUGGGAGCGGCAGUGUUUGGCCGAGGCGGAGCAAGAGGAGCCAAGCGAGGAGGAGUCGGAGCAAAGUCAGCAGAAACUAUGGCAUCUUUUCCAAAAUUCCGCCACCGCGGUCGCCCAGCUAUACAAAGACAGAGUUUGUCAACAACAGGGGCUGUCUCUCUGGGUUCCCUUCCAGAACGCAGCUACUGCCGUCACCAACCUCUACAAAGAGUCACUAGAGUCCCACCAGCAGAGCUAUGAGCUGGGGAUCCAGCGGUCCUACCAGCGGCGUAAUAAAGAUGUUCUGGCCUGGGUGAAGAAGAGGAGGAGAAACAUCAGGAGGGAGGACCUCAUCAGCUUUUUGUGCGGCAAGGCCCCGCCCCCACGCAACCCCCGUCGCGACGCACAGAUGCCCAAACACGGCCACGCCCACUCUGUGAUGUCACCCAGCAGGCCGCCGUCCACGGAGAGCGGGUCGUCUGUCGAGGCCGACCUGCAGCCCUUCAGAGAGGCCAUCGCACUGCACG